AUGGACACCAAAAUUCAAUAUUUACGUACCGUUGCAGCCGAAAACUCAACUGCAAAUUUGUCUUACCGGACAGUGAACUGGAAGAAACCCCACAGACGUCACAAAGCGACCAGACAACUUUUGUCAGAGGAAUGGAAACGCGUUACGCACGCCAAUGCCGACAAGAACUUACUCACGUAUUUCAAUGUCGAGGCCCCACCGAGCAUAUAUCCCGCCAAGAAGUAUUGCGAUAUCACGGGACUCAAGGCAAAUUACAAAGCUCCAGGAAGUGGACUUCGUUUUUACAAUAGUGAAGUUUACUCCCUUGUCAUUAAGCCAAUGGCACCUGGUAUUGACCAAGAAUAUUUGAAACUGAGAGGCGACAACGUCGUUUUGAAGUGA